GGUUCACCGCAUCCCUCGUGCACUCUCGCGCUCCGGUCCCCCAACUCAACUGCCCCGAAUGUCUAUCGCUAUAAUAGACUCAUAGCACCCCAGGUCAUCCACCCACAGCCCGCUCGCUCUCAAGUCCAAGUCGCUGUAAAUUGUUCAACUUUCCUCAUGGCUUCGAAUUCUCUGGAUGUCACGGCGAUGGCCGUCACUGCGCGGACGAAGACGCUGGUCAAUAAUGUUCUGAAGAGGAUUUGCAAAGAGGAAGGACAAAUCCAGAGCGGUAACAAAGUACACCUCCAGAGUCGCAUCAUAGGAAUGAUCAACCGUGCUGCCAUAAACAACGAUGCCGAAACGCUGAACCGUCUUCGUUACCGCGUCCACAACAACGGAAGCGCCCCUCCACCCGGCACCGAUCUCACCUCGUUAUCUGCGCCAUCGCAAAGCUCAGCGUCAAUGUCAGGAUAUAACAAUAUGUCGAACGGCUACGGUCAACAGUCGAGUCAAUCGAAUCAAACAUAUUCGUCGCAUUCUCUUGGAGCUGGCUCGACAACGCUCUUCAAAACCAGCCCAUUCUACCAAAUACGCGAACUGUUGUUCUCGGGCAUCACUUUAGAAGCUUCUCCGUCGCAUAGACAGAGCGUCAACAAGCCUCUUCCUCUCACAGAAGCGACAUGUACGCGUCUGAAAACAGAUCCUUCCAUGCGACUUCUCCUGUUCUCUGCCCCAGAUCAACCUCUGAGCCAGUUUUCGAGGAUAGAUGUGGCGUUCCCCUCGCAGAUUGAAGUGAAGAUCAAUGGAGACGAGGUGAAGGCGAAUUACAAGGGACUCAAGAAUAAACCCGGGUCUACGAGACCGGCCGACAUUACUGAUCUCAUGCGUAAGGUCGCAAAUUAUAGGAACAGUCUGCAGAUCACGUACGCGUUGACGCAGAAGGGAAGUCCACAGAAGUUCAAUUUCUACAUCUACCUAGUGAGAAAGGAUACCAUCGACGAACUGGCUAAGAAGAUCCAGCAACGAAACGUGAUUACGAAGGCUUCCGUACUUAACGAAAUGCGGAAGAAAGCAGACGAUCCCGAUAUCGAAGUUGGCUCAGUCAACCUUUCUUUAAAGGAUCCCAUCUCCACGUUGCGGAUAUCCAUGCCGAUUAGAUCUACCGUCUGUUCACAUAAUCAGUGUUUCGAUGCGGAGUCAUUUCUGCAACUACAGGAGCAAGCUCCCACAUGGACAUGCCCAAUCUGCAACAAGUCCGUUUCUUACGAAGGACUAGCCGUGGACGAGUAUGUCCAGGAAAUCUUGAGUGAAGUCUCGAGAAGUACAGAUCAGGUCACGAUAGAUCCCAUGGGAAACUGGUCGCGAGGGAACAAGAACGAAAAUGGAUCCUCCAGGACGAGCGGAUAUCUUGGUGGCUAUAAUCCUAGCGAAGGCGAUGACGACGACGAUCUCGUGGAGAUAGUAGAACCUCGGGAUCGCGUUGCAGCCAUCAAGAGCGAAGCAGUACCCACGCCACAGUCUCUUGCUCAAACCCCACCUUUACAGUCCAGGGAACCGUCCAACACACCAAGAGGCCAAAAGCGGAAGUCCGAGGUCAUCGACUUGACAUUGAGUGAUGACGACGAGCCUGUGAGGCCAGCAAAGAAAGUUGCGUAUAGCACCCCAAACAGCCUGCCCGAUCCAUCGCGCCGUUACCAGACCGCAAACUACGGAUCAGCUUCGCUUCACUCACGCCCGCAACAGCCUUCACCCGUCAGACACAGGAUGGGAUCAGCUAGCGGGCAAGACCAAUUGCCUCCACUUUCGCACACGCCUAGCCAGCAACAACAUCAUAUUCAGUAUGCUUACCGUCCACCUACGGAGGUUCACGGCUAUCCGGGACAUGCAUCAAACUAUCCUACAUAUGCCAACCUCGACGGUUCGCCCUGAUGGCAUCGAGAAAUUCAGGUUCAUUG